AUGGAGCCUCCUUCGAAGAAGAUGCGCAAGCUUUUGGACGAUGAUAGCUCAGACUCCGGCGAUGAUGCCGGAGGUGUUUCUCUUGGAAAGUCGCCCGAGCCGGGCUUCAAAGUCAACGCCGAAUAUGCCAAACGGUUCGAGUACAACAAAAAGAGAGAAGAAGUCGCGAAACUGGAGGCAAAAUACGGCAAGUCCAACAUGGGCAAAGCCAACGAGCCAUCUGACGAAGAGUCCUCCGACGAGGACGAGGAUGAGGAUGGAGAGCUAGCUACUAAGGCUCUUGACGCUGAGAUCCUGGCCACCCUCAAGGCGAUCCGAUCCAAGGACCCAGCCGUUUCGACGAAAACGCCGAUGCCGCCGAUGCCGCCCCCAAAAGAAAAGAAAGAGAAGACGAUGACACUGCACGAUUACCACCGCGAGAACCUGCUGAAGGGACUUGACCCGGCUGAGGAGGAGGACGAUUCUCCUAGAACCUUCGCGCAAGAGCAGGCCGACCUGAAGAACGAGGUUGUCAAGGCCAUGCACGAGGGCUCAGACGAUGAAAUGGAUGAUGCGGAUGACUUCCUUGUCCGCAAGUCUGGUCCCGAAGAGCUCCCGGAGGAGAAGGUCGAGCUUGAUAUCGAGAAUGCCGACAAGGACCCGGAGACCUUCCUUUCCAACUUCUUGUCUGCACGCGCAUGGAUCCCCGAAGGUGGACGAGAGCUCAAUCCUUUCGAUUCGGACGACGAAGACGAUAUGAAGCGGGCAGAUGCUAUGGAGGAGGCCUAUAAUUUCCGUUUCGAGGACCCGAACAAGCUCAACGAGGUGCUUGUCACCCACGCUCGUGACACUACAAACGACCUUUCCGUCCGUCGUGAUGAGAAGAGCGCGCGUAAGAAGCUACGUGAUGCUGAGCGUCAGCGCAAGGAAGAGGAGAAGAAGCUACGGGAAACGGAGAAGAACCGUCUCCGUAAACUCAAGACGGAGGAGCUUCAGACGAGGAUCAACGAGAUCAAGGAGGUUGCCGGUAUGCAGGCCGAAAACUUUACCGAUGAAGACUGGGCUAAGUUCCUGGAUGGCGCCUGGGAUGGCGAGGAGUGGGAAUCGGAGAUGCAGAAGCGAUUCGGAGAGGGUUACUACGCCGGCAAGGACGCUUCUGGCAAGAAGCACCCCAAGAAGCCGGAGUGGGAUGACGAUAUUGACAUCACAGAUCUGAUUCCCGAAUACAAGGAUGACGAUGAUAACGCCAAGCCUACCAUUGAAUCCGACAACGACGAAGAGGAGGGUGAUGGUGAGGGUGAGGACUCUGAGCCUAAGAAGAGUAAAGCCCAGGAGAAGCGUGAUCAGAAGCGCGAGGCCCGCAAGGACCGUCUUCGCAUUGACGAAGCGGUUGACCGCAACCUUGACCUCGACAUCACCCUGCUCCCUGGUGCCACCAAGAAGAAUGCCACUCGCUUCCGCUACCGUGAGACCUCACCACAGAGUUUCGGUCUAACUGCACGCGAUAUUCUCAUGGCGGAUGAUAACCAACUUAAUCAAUUCGCCGGUUUGAAGAAGUAUGCUGCGUUCCGUGAGGCCGAACAGAAGGCCAAGGAUGAGCGAAAGCUGGGCAAGAGAGCCCGGAUUCGUCAAUGGCGAAAGGACACAUUCGGCAAUGAGGAUGGCCCUGCUUUCGAAUUUGGCUCUGGCAAGAAAGUCGAGGAGAAGGAGGAAGCGGAUGGGGAUGAGACGAAACUCGACAUUCGCGAGGGUGAUGGACGGAGAAAGAAGAGAAAGCGUUCGAAGAAGAACUAA